CGGGAGUGGGACGGGUUUAGAAUUCCGUCCGCGCUCUCUCUCCUCUCUCUCUCACCCUGGAGUGGGGUGUCUCCCCCUACCCGCACUCACUCACUCGCUCUUGCUCGUCCACAGCUUCCUGUCUUUCACUUCUUCAUUCUCUCGCUCUCUGUCUCCAUCUUUCCUUCGUUACCUUUUAGCAUCUCUGUGCUCUUUUUUUUCUUUUGCCUCCUCCUUUGCUCUCUCUCUCUCUCUCUCUCUCUCUCUCUCUCUCUCCCCUUCCUCUUCUGAGCUCAGCUCUGUUUCGCACUUCAUGCAUGCCGCUGCCACUGCGAAAGUGUUGAUGGUCGUAAUUUCCAUGGGGUGUGCUGUCUGUGGCUUGAGCUGCUGAGUUCGAAAGCGAGCAACGGAGGAAAGAAGGGGGACGGAAGCAAGCGUCGAUAAUUGAGUGCAAAAGGAGCGAAGGGCCGAGGUCAGUGUGCGCUCCACGAGGUUUGACGAGCGAAGCACGCGAGCGAGGACGGAAGGCGUACCAGAGAGCGGCGAGAGAGAUGCAGACCUUCUUGUUCGUCGACAGGUCUUCGUGGAAUUUUGAGCUCGGCAUGAGUGCGCUGCUGUAGCGCCUAGAACAGAAUGUGUUGAGAGGUCGACUGCGACUCGAGGGAGGGCCAAGCGAGUGGGCGAGGCAGGCAGAGGUGGUGCUUCUCCGGGAGCGACUGCCGCCGGCCCGUAUCGAGCACUCCCCAUGGAGGUGCUGAUGGAGCAGAUGAACUACGGCGGGGCUCCAGACUUCCAGCUUGCGAGUUUCCUGGACGGGUUGGACGCGAUGAUGAUUUCCAUGGACCAGGGCGGAGGCAACCAGCAGAGCUCGUCGCCGUCUCCCUACGCCAAUGCGGGAGUGAGCUACGGGCAGAGUCCGUCACCUGUUUCGCAGUCCUCCUUCGUCGAUGUGAGCUCCGUGCAAAGUCCCCCGGAUUCUGUCUACAACGACACCCUCGAUUCCGAAAUCGCGCAGUCGGAUAUGUCCGCAUUGACCCAGAACUUCGUCGUCAAUGAGCCCUGGUUCGACGACUCUGGCAACCUCGUCUCGUUUCCGAUCUCGUCGGACGCCCCCAGCAAAAAUUCCGCAAUCGGAAGGAGCCCCGCACCAGCAGGCCUCGAUCAGUCGUACACGCAGGAUCUUUUUGAACAGCAAUUUUGUCACGAGGAGGAAGACAUGCGACCACAGUUUCCAUCACAUUCGUUUGGAUCGGCCUACGGCUUCAAUAACACGCCAUUCUCGCUCCUCAAAGGCACCGACACCGCUUCAUCCGUGGGCUCGUGCGGCAAUGGAUCGUCGGGCAGUAGUCUCUCGAGGGGCAGAUCAGUGGGCAGUGUUUCCAGCCCUCGAUCGUUCGGCGUGGCUCCGCAGCGAAUGCUCCUGCCGCCUCUCCGGAGCAACAGCAGUACCCGAAUCCAAGCUUAUCCGAACUCAAUCUUCCAGCAGGAGCCAGGAGUUAUGAAGUGGAGCGCUCAACCUGCACAGGCAUCAGCACCUCAACAGCAACAGCAGCAACAGCAACAGCAACGGCAACAGCAGCAGCAGCAGCAGCAACAGCAGGCGCUACGACGACCAGCGCUGCCGGUGGAGCCGGAGCAAGAGGAUUCAGGACUGCGGCUGGUGCACUUGCUGAUGGCGUGCGCGAAGGCGAUUCAAGCAGGGGACCGUCAUUCUGCAGAGGCGACGGUGAGGAAGAUCAAGCAGGCCGUGUCCAUGGCUCCGCAGCAGUCAGCGGGCCCUAUGAUCAAAGUGGCUGCUCAUUUCGCUGAAGCGCUCACCCGGCGGAUCUACGGGGUGUCUCCUAAUUUUCAAGAGGCCAUGCUAUCAUCAGCUAGCAUGAAAGCCGACUUCGAGAACUUUUACGAUCUCAGCCCUUACUUGAGAUUUGCGCAUUUCUCCACCAAUCAAGCGAUCCUGGAGGCGUUCACAGGCGCGAAUCACGUUCACGUGAUAGAUUUUCACCUGAAUUACGGGUUGCAAUGGCCUUGCCUCAUGCAGGCGUUGGCUAUGCGGCCUGGCGGGCCUCCGACCCUGAAAUUGACGGGCAUCGGGCCCCCAGAGCUGGGCGGAGAAGAUUCUUUGCAAGAUAUUGGCAGGAGCCUGGCGACCAUGGCCGGGGAGUUGAAUGUGAACUUCAAAUUCCGCGGCGUAGUGGCAGAGAGGUUGGACGAUAUCCAACCGUGGAUGUUGCAGGUUCAGCCGGGGGAGGUGGUUGCGGUGAACUCCAUAUUCCAGCUGCACAAGCUGCUGCACGCGGAAGGAAGCAACGAAGCGGGACUUGACGAGGUUCUGCGGGCGGUGAAGAGCUUGAAUCCCAAGGUGGUGACCAUUGCGGAGCAGGAGGCCAAUCACAACAUCCACAACUUUCUGGAUCGCUUCGUGGAAGCGCUGCACUUCUACUCCUCCAUGUUCGACUCUCUCGAGGCUUCCAAACGACCCACGGACAGCUCGGACCCACGGACAGCUCAUCAGCGGCAAGAAAUGUACAAGGGGGCAGAAAGGUACCUGGGGAGAGAAAUCUGCAACAUCGUCGCCUGCGAGGGCGCCAAGCGAGUCGAGAGACACGAAAAUCUGGAGAUGUGGAAACUGCGGCUGCGCAACGCCGGCUACCAACAGCUCCGCAUGCCAUCCACUGCCUACAACACAGCCAGCUUGCUGCUCAAUCUCUACUCGGGCCAGGGCUACAGAGUAGAAGACAACUGCGGCUGCAUCACUCUCUGCUGGGACGGCAAACCUUUGCUCACCGCAUCGGCCUGGCAGUAGUGCUAGCUCUGGCUUUCGAUUUCCUCGCGUUUUUCAAGCACUAAUUUCAUCAUCAUCCUUCUUUUCUUCUACCCGAUCGUCUGACUUCCAUUCUCGCACAGGCUUAUUAUCGACGAUUGACGAUUGACGAUCGAUGAGCGAUGACUGAUUGACUGACUGACUGACUGACCGACUGACUGACUGCCGACCCGACCCGACCAGCCGUGCCCAGCCAAGCGAAGGAAAAUCUUAGGGCUAGCGAGAGGGUGGAAGACGAGGGUGGAGCCGAUCGUUUGCUUAUGCAAGCCGAGAUUUAGGGCUAGGUACGGGCUCAAUAACGUUACGGGACGAAUCCGGAGCAAACGCUGCGACGAGGGAGGCGGAGAAGAAGAGCAGAGGUGGAGAGGGCAGAGGGCGAGGGCUCCUCAAAUCUUUUUUUCCCGACCGACAUGAUCGAGUUCGAACGAAUUGCUGUACAGUGGCGAUGAUCAUCCACCAGCGUGCGUGCCUGCAUACAAGUGACAGAGCAAAUCAAGCCUGCAAUGAUGCCCUCAGAGGACAGUGACAUCACUUCCAUUCCACUCCCUCGAAUCGCCAUUGGGAAACACAACGCGAAGGGAAAACGCCUCAAGGGUCAAAUUGGAUAUGAUGAAUAUUAUAAGAUGAGAGAUAAAGAAGCGUAGAAGUACCGAAAGUGCGUCUUAAGCUUCCAAGGUUCCCACUUUCCUUGUGUCGUAGUGUCCCUGUAGUCUCUCUUUCUUUCUCUUGUCCUCCUAUUGGGGAUGGAUGAAAUUCUUCUCAUCCCGUUAAAUUGUAUACUACAGUGGGGUGACAGGAGCUUCGUGGCCUUGACCAUGAAUCUGCUAAGUCUCCUCCACCAAUCAAAAAUCUGAAUAGCAAAACACAAAGAAAAAUUUACUCGUU